UCAGUGUUCAGCUGAACCGAGGUCAAAAUAAGGUCACAGACACAUACACAGUUUGCAAUGCAUGCAUAAUGGCAUGAAUAAUGCACUCGCGCUGUACUACUGUGUAUAAAAUGCACUCGUCGUACAACAUGUAAAUUUCGUGCGAUGUUGAUGUUUGUUAGACCAUGUUAGACAUGUUUAUAUGAGUUGAAUGUUGGUCCAUGGCUUAUUCAUUGAUUGAAUUAAUUUAAUUAAAACGAAAAAGCCACAUCACAUGAUGAUGAAUGAAGAAAAGCAACGAUAAAUAAAAAUGUAUGUUUUUUACCCAGUGAAAUUGUGCAAAUGUCUCGGGACAAGGCAAGACAACCAAAAAAGUAUAACAUUUAGUUAGAAAGAAUUUAGAAGACUUCUCAAUCUCUUAGUUAUAAAUAUGACAUGUUGCUUUUGUGAACUGAAAUGUCAUAAAAACUGCACGGUGUGGUCAAAUGUACGAUUGCAACUUGCAAUUUGCAAUUGGUGCAAUCAUAUUCUGAAAACACAAACAAAUUUGUUCAACAUAAAAAAUAUGAAUGUGGUAAACCUUCAUUUAUUUACCAUUGUUUUGUACACAAAUUGUUUGUCUGACAGCUUCAAUCCAGGUAAACAAUUGAAGUUGACCUCAAAGGAAAACAAAUUAUGUGUUGUAGAUUUGAAAAGAAGAUGAAAUAAUUAAAUUAGUUAUUAAUAUAUUCUAAUUUAAUUUAUCAAUUCAUCAGUUUAUAUAUACGGUAUCAAAUACUAAAAUCAGGUCAAAUUGGUUGCCAUCAAUCAUUUUUUUCUUAUAAAUUCAAUAUUUUAUAACUGGUCUGUGAAGUCAAUUGUACUGUAGAUUAUGUUGUUUGUGUAAUAACUAAAAAGUAGUAUGCAUGAUGUACAGUAUACUAAGUAGUAAUAAGUUAGUAUACACAGUAGAUAAAUGCUUUAAAUGAAAUACAGGGGUAGUGGGAGUGUGUUUGUACAUUGUACUUGUUGUGUGUAGAACCUGGUAGUACCAUGUACAGUCAUCAACGGCUGCCACUAACUAGUGCUUUUCGAUGAUUACUGGCUGAGUGCCACAACCCAUCAUUAAUCCAAAAGUGAAGUCAUAAACAGUAGGUCAAGGUCACUUCAUUGAAGGAGUCCCAUUACACAUGGCUGGCUCAUUAUCGCAUUGAUAAAUGACUGUUACUUGCUGCCCCUUUGAUGCUAAUGACAACGUUUGCUCAUCACUAAACACAACUGAUGCACAGUGCUUGCUUAGUUAUCACUGGGAUCUCUCAAUGGAGACACAGUGUACAGUGAAAGUAUUGGUGAGAUGUGUGUGAAGAAGAGAUGGCUUGACGAGAUAAUCAAAGCUGGUGCACAGUAGCUGUGGUUAUAAUCAUCAGGAAAGGAUUACACCCGAGAGUCAGAGUACCGGUUCCGAAUGUAGGGAUCCCAGCCAUGUCACUGCCGUUACUACUUUGAUUGGAUCCAUCGUGUGCAUUUUGCACACCAUACAUCCACAUGGGCAGAGGAUGCAAUGCUGUAACCGUGAUGUGCUACGGACAUGUAAUGGUGGGAGGAUGUACAUUGUUGUGCAUGAACCUGUAGUGUUACAUGUAUUUCCUGAUCCAAGGACUAAAUUGAUUGCUAAACAUUUCGUAACUAACCAUAUCGUAGAAAUAUGAGAACGCUACACUUGAUGACUGAUGGAGCUGAUCGGUGGUUAACUUCUAAGUGAUGAAUAGUGACUUUUAAUCACAGAUGCUGUAAGGAUUAUCAUGUGUCUGUAUCUUCUGGUGUCGAACUCCUUCAUGCGAUUCUACUGAUACACACUAGAGCGUGGGCGUUCCAGGCCCUUUUCUGUUGUAUCCUGUUGCAGAAUUGGUUUGUGAUAACAUAGGGCAAGGUGAUACACAACAAGCUCUUAUGUUGGUGAAACCAGGAAACAACUACUGGCACAUUGUGUAUAGUAUACAUAAUGCUAAUGUCUGUGUACAUGUAGUGCUACUUGUAGAUUCAUGUCUGCCUGCAACUUGCAUUGAAUCUACUGCAUCUGAAAAAGCUAUCUGAUGGAAACAGAUACAAGUGUCAUCGUAAUAAAAUGCAGCAUUAGGGCAACCUGAUAUGAUACAUGUUUACAGUGAAUACACACUAGUUUGCUGUGUUUACUCAGCACUGUGUAAUGUAAUCUACAUGUAACUGUGCACUUGACCCCCAUUGAGUAGCCUAUCCCUACAGUUGGUGGUUGUUGAGCCAUGUCAGAGUAGGAGGUGGUAUUGAGUAUGAAUGUACAACAUAUAAGGAUUACUGUUCAUGUGAUUAAUGCAUGAGGCACACAUCAUAUGUAGACACUACACCAGUUCAAGGAGAUAACAGUUAUUUCCUCUUCUCUGCACACUCAACUGCAUAGUCAACUGCAUGGCAAGCAUUGAUCUUGGGUGAACUCCUCUUGAGGAGCGAUUCUAUCAUUAUGACUGAGGAGGACAAAUUUCCUUACACCCCUUUGCUGGACACCAAAGACGAGCACAACCGGUUGGUGUGUAUCAUCGAGGAAUCCGAUUCCACUUCUGUCUGUCAGAUAUUCAGAGCGAUUCAAGAUGGCAAAGAUCAUGAGCGCUUCAUGGAGCAUCUUAAGACUCGGAUCCAGGAGCAUGACCGAGACAUCGAGAGGAUGUGCAACUUCCACUACCAAGGGUUCGUGGAUAGUAUUGGUCAGCUCCUUAAGGUCCGCGCAAUCGCAGAGAAGCUCAAGGAGGAGAUUCUCAACACAAACAGAGCCCUGCAGCGAUCAGGGCUGCCUGUAAUACAACAGGCAGAGGAGCUGGAGAAAACCAGAAAGAUGCAUCGAAACAUAGUGGCUACUGUAGAGCAUCUUCAACUCUGUCUACCUGUUCUUCAGAUGUACUGCAAGUUGAAUGAACAGAUGGAAGCAAAAAGAUAUUACACUGCCCUAAAGACAUUAGAGCAGCUUGAACACACCCAGUUGCCGAGAGUCACACGCUAUCGGUUCUGUGAGAAUAUGGCCAAGAACAUUCCCAAGUUAAGAGACAGCAUCAUGGAGGCCUCCAUGAGUGAUCUAAAGGACUUCCUGGAGAGUAUACGAAAGCACUCUGACUGGAUAGGGGAAGAAGCUAUGAAACAGGUUCAGAAACGGAAUAACAUGGAGGAUAACAUCUUCGGAAAGGGAAUAGUUGCACCCAAGAAGGAGUCGUCGCUGGUAGAGGCAGACAACACAAAUCCCUUCAGUGAUGAGAUCGAAGAAGAUGAGGAGAUCAGCCCCCUGGACAAGGUGGAUUUCUCUCCAGUCUAUCGAUGUCUUCAUAUCUACUCCGUGUUAGGUAUGAGGGAAACAUUCGAGGGUUACUACCGCAAACAACGAGGAAAACAGUCUAAACUAGCUAUCCAGCCUCAUGGACAUAUGUAUGAAAAACUAGAGCACUACAAGAAGUACUUUUACCAGAUUUUAGGUUUCUUUGUGGUUGAGGAUCACAUAUUGAAUACAACGGAGGGACUUGUGACGAGGCAAUACCUAGAUGACUUAUGGAACACAGCCCUCUCCAAAAUAGCAGCCACAUUACGAAACAACUCUGCCUACUGUACCGAUGCCACACUCCUCCUCCAAAUUAAAGACCAAAUUGUUCUCUUCACCCACACAUUAAGUAGUUAUGGUUUCAACACGGCGCCCAUCGUUGAGCUUCUCCUAGACCUAAAAGAUCAGUACAAUGAGAUCCUGAUGAACACAUGGGUGCAAGUGUUCAGUGAGAUCUUUGAAAAUGACAACUACACAGCAAUUAUUGUUGAGACAUCACAUGAUUACAACGAGAUCACAAGAACAAUACCCUUCCUUAAUGAAGACAUCGAAAAGCAACCCUACCCAAAAAGACUCCCCUUCUCAGAGUUUGUUCCCAAGGUCUACAAGCAGAUCAAGGAGUUCAUCUACGCCUGUCACAAGUUCUCUCAAGACCUGCACCUUACCCAGACGGAGAGAGAUGACAUGAUCCGAAAGUCCACCAACAUCCUCCUGACGAGAACUUUGAGUGGCUGCCUGACGGCACUCAUCAGGAAACAGAGCCUUGGUCUGGUGGAGCUUGUUCAAGUAACCGUCAACACUAUACACUUGGAGCAUGCGUGCACCCAUCUAGAGAGCUUCAUCUCUAAUAUAACAGGAACCACAGGCGACAACAUCCAUGCAGCUGGUCUGCAGAGCACCAAUAUCUUCCGAGAUGCUCGCAGCGAAGCUGAGCUAGAGAUUUAUAAGAGACUCAACGCCAAGGUGGAUCAGUUCCUGGAGCUAGCGUCUUAUGACUGGACGCUGGAUGAACCCAAGGGUCAUGCUAGCGGCUACAUUAUGGAUAUUAUUAGGUUUCUGGAAGGAAGCUUCAAGGCAUUUGUGCAUUUACCGGGUAAGGUAGCGCAGACAGCGUGUCUGUCAGCAUGUAAACAUCUCUCUGAAGCUUUGAUGGAGUUUCUAUUGGACAGUAACAUUCGACUGAUGACCAUGGGAGCCAUUCAACAGUUCAGCUUCGACAUCAUACAGUGUGAAUUAUUUGCAAAUUCAGAACCGGUACCUGGCUUCCGCGAGGGCGCUCUUCAGAUGACCUUUGUGCAGUUGAGGCAGUUACUUGACCUCUUCAUGGUGUGGGAUUGGUCAACAUACCUGGCCGAUUACAACCAGCCGACUAGCAAGUACAGUCGGGUCAAUCCACACACAGCUAUCACAAUCCUGGAAAAGAUGAGAGAUUCAGAGAAGAAAAAGAGCAACCUCUUCGCCAAUUUCAAGAAGACUGAUCGGGACCGUAAGAAACUGAUGGACUUGGUGUUGAAACAGCUGAGGGCAUUGGUCAACAACGGGCCAAUCAGAGGAUAAAGAUGGCUUUAAGCCACUCCCUCUGUGUAUCUGAACAUAAAUAAACGAGGAGAUUGCAAAUCUUGCCAGUAGAGAGUGUCUUAUUGAGUCGCCCCUUUUGAAGGGUGUGUGUCGUCUUGGGGGGAAAACAAAACGAACAACAGAAAGUGGAUGGUUGAAGUCUCACAUACUGAGAUAGGUUUGGUUGUUAUCCGAGACGGAGAAAAAAAAAGGGUGUGAUGAGAAUGUCAUCAUUGGCAUUGAGGGAUAGAUACCUGCUACUGAAUCUGAUCUGAUGUCAUCACACUUUAUAUCUUGCUUGCGCCAUUUCAGUUUCCCUGUCUGUCACUGUGCAGCGCAAAUUUCAAACAAUGUGUGCGCAGUUGGCCAUCCACCAUGCGCUUAUGUGUAAUAUUGACUCCCAAAGUAGCAGACCAUGGCCAGACUGUAGCGCCGUGUGACGUCAAGAUUAGGGGGAGGGGGAGUUAAAGCCAUUAUACACUUUCGGCACUCAAAAAAAAAAAAAAAAUCACA